AUGGCGCUCGUCACGCUCCUUGUCCUGUCUCUCGUUUCCCUCUUCUCCAUCCUGGCUCAUGCGCAGGAUGAGUAUUUCACCGUGGGCGACCUUAGCCAGUACACCACCAAUGGAGUUCCUACCCCUGUCCUCACCGGGUCUGUGAUUGAAAUCACUGCGGUGGGUGACCCGACCGAGAAUGGGCUUUUAGCAUUCCUGUCUCCCGAGAUGCAGGCCAGCCUCAAGUCCACCAUGGAUAGCGAUUGCGCGGACAUUGACUCCAAGUGCUACGAAGAGGUCAUGGAUGUCCUGGAGGGCUCGAACCGGAUUCUCAAAUCCCGCAGCCUGAGUCAACGUGCCCUAGAGCCACGCCAAUUAGAGCUCCUGGGCGCGGGCGUGUUUGCGCUUAUCGGCGUCUUAUUCCCAAUCUUCUAUAAGGGGGACAAAGUGGUCCCGGUGCCCAUCAAGAUCCCUCCGGAGCAAAUCGAGGACUCGUUCGACCUGGAAACCGCCACCGCCAUCAUCGUCGUCACGGAGGACGCUCAGCCAGCGCAAACCAUCACGCAGCCUCCAGAGCAGGACAAGGCGACUGGGCUGCCGGCCACGAUUACAACCUUUGCGAGUGCCGGUAGCGGUACCAGCGCGGGAGACGUGGGCAUCCAGUUGGACUCGACCGUGGCGGCGCAUCUCCAGGCGCUGCUUUCCGGCUCGGACAACAGCAAUUGUGAGGUGGGCGCCAAUUACUUCGCGUCCUCCCUCCAGACUCGCUCGCUGGACCUGACCAGCGUCAUCUGUGGCGCCGAGAGCAUCCUCGCCGACGGCAUCGGCCGAGAUGGGUAUCCCAACUGGCUGCUCAUGAACCAGGGAAGGUUUCCCUGGACCAAUGCCGAGCUGGUGGCCGGUCUGAAUACGGUGGUGCAAUGGGCACUCACCCAGGCCAGUCACCUGAACCCGACUAUCAGCGCCUCGCAUCUCCAUGGCAUGGCUGUCGGGGCAUUUGCCUUGUCGUGGGUCUACUUUACCAACGGGGCCAUCACGACCAACAAUGUCAUCCCCUCGGCAUCGCUCCAGGGGGGUCCUACCGCCACGGUGUGUCAAUCGCAGACGGCGACCCAAUGCGGCGUCGAGUGCGAGGUGCAGCCAUGGGCCCCUCAAUUCGCCUGCUCGACUGCCUGCUCGACCGUCACGUCUUGCGACGCGCAGGACGCGCUCACCACCACUCUCACGGCCACCAUGACCGCUGUCGGCUCGGACCCGACAGGGAAUUCGUCGGCGACGACUGGCCAAGGGCAGCAGAUCGCCGUCGCCUCGUACAUCAAUCCGCUCAGUGACCCGGCCGCCUGGGAUCGGCUGAUCGCCUAUGAUGUGAAGAAAAUGCCCAUCCUGGUCGCCAACGUCGUGAACGGUCCGGAUUCCGCCGUCGACACGAACUGGCAGGAUGUGAUCCAGCGAGCUUCGAAUGCCGGCAAAACGGUCCUCGGCUAUGUGCGAACCGGAUAUCUGGGCGUGAGUGACCAGAAAUUCCAAACGCGGUUGGGCUCGGGCGAUCUGGCGGAUUGGACGGCUCAGAUCGAGGAAGACGUGGAUAUGUGGUACUCGCUUUACGGCGACCACAUCGGCGGCAUCUUCUUCGACGAGGGUUGGCCCACCUGUGGCGACAACAAUGAAUACGCCGACCUGUACAAGUAUAUCAACGCCUAUACCAAGCGUGCACACCCCGGCGCGCUGACCGUGCUGAACCCGGGGUCACCCAUGGCCUCUUGCUUCGAGGAUACCAUGGAUACGCUGUUGACGUUUGAGCUGAGCUACGAUUCCUACGUCAACUCCUACACCCCGAAUGAUUGGACCCCCAAGGACCCCCGGAAACUCUGGCACAUUGUCUACAACGUGCCGGAAUCCGCGGUGAGCGAGGUCGUCAAGUUGGCUAACCAGCGCGGCGCGGGCUUUCUGCAGCUCACCGAUGACACCUUGCCCAACCCGUACGACACCCUGCCGGCCGACUCCUACGUCCAGAGCAUGAUUGACGCCAUCAGCGGUGGCUCCCCGCUGAACAACGACGCUGCAUCCUGGCCGUCUGGCGACGCUGCAGACACGGUGACGGGACUGACGGUGGUGACCUCGGACUAUACCUCUGCGAAAUUAUCCUGGGACGCAGCCUCGAAUGCUCUUGGCUAUCAUGUGUAUUCCGGCGAUAGUCUGAUUGCCAGCGUGCCCAGCUCCAUGACCAGCAUCACGAUCGGCGGUCUCGCAUCGGGAACCAGCUACACCAUCUCGGUCAGUGCCGUGGGCGGCGGCGGCGACCUGGGUUCCUCUUCGAACCAAGUGACAGUGGCCACCGAAUCGUUGCCCGAUGGAAAAACCGUGAUCAACUCCAAAUCCACGCCCCGGGAGGGCUCGACCGUCAUCGAAGCCGACGUGCUGGUGCCGUAUUCGUUCGUGCGUCUCUACAUCUGGGACUCGGUGGGAUGCGACUUCGACGAGGAUCCGGGAUGGAGUGUCAACUUCUCCGUCGACGAAUACGUCUGCACCCACUACAUGGUCGAGGGCACGACGCUGUACAAAUACAACGGGGUGCUGCCAGCGGGGUCGACCGCGCCUCCGUGGUCGUGGGCCGAGGUCAGCACCAUCACGCUCGAUAUCAGUGGCUACACGUACACAUGGACCUUGCCCCUGGGCACGUCCACCGUCGAUACGAGCAAAUUCGUGGUGCAGGCGCAGGGCUAUAAUCCCCUGACGAACGUCUUCGAGCCGGACGCGAGUUCCUAUGACUGCAAGGGCUCAUCCAUGUGCACCACUCCAGCUCUGUUGAAGUGGUGUGACCACGCCGUGAAUACCUUAUAUCGGGACGACGACCCCUUCUAUCACUCAAGUGAAGUGAUUGAUGGCGACGUCUACAGCUCCCAGAGCGGAAACUGCUGGGGCGAUCAAACCCGCGGCUGCGGUGUCUUCAUCCAAGGUCAAAACUGCAGUAUCAGCGGAAACGACCUAUGGAAUGACUACCAGAACAUUCGCAACAUUGGUGGCUGUAAGAAGUGUGGCUCGUUCCAUCGAGAUGACGGAUGUCUGGUGACGAUUAACUAUGUCUAUAAUUGUGAUAAUCACUGAUUGCGUUGGUGAGCGGCAUUUACUCUGAGCGUUUAUAUACCUUUCUUUCUUUCUCUCUUUUGGGGUUUAUUACAGCGCGGGGCGUUUCUGGCUGAUUGUUGGGUGGUUUUCUGGGAUAAGCAUUUGCAUGGCC